AUGUCCGAAUUUAAUCCAGAGAAUGAGCUGCUACCGCAGACAGUUGAUCACUAUGCAAGGGUGAAACCAGACGCCCUCUACGCGGAGUAUCCGACGUCCCCCAUGAGCUAUGACGACGGCUACGUCCCCAUCACCUAUCGCACCUUUGCGAAUGCCAUCAACGGCAUUGCCUGGUGGUUGACCAAGACACUAGGCCCGGGACAAGGCGAUGUCCUAGCUUAUAUAGGUCCAAAUGACUUGCGGUAUCCCGCUCUGGUCAUCGGGGCUGUAAAAGCGGGAUACUGUAUGUUCCUGACCUCACCCCGCAACAGUGUUGCUGCUCACGAAAGCCUGUUGCGAUCACUGAAUUGCACCAAGGUGCUUGCCACAACACCGCGGUCACCCCCCAUCACAAACUUGUUGAGUGUCUCCAUGCCUUUAGAAGUGUAUGAGGUGCCGAGCGUGCAGGAGUUGCUAGCCAACGAGUACCCUCAUUUUGAAUAUCGCAAAACGUAUCCUGAGGAUGCAGAUACAAGAUUCGUUGCGAUACACACAUCCGGUUCCACGGGUAUUCCCAAGCCCAUUUCUUGGACAUUUGAAACUACGAAUCGACACAUGCGAAUGGUCGCCCUCAGUCCGCCAGAGGGCUUUGAAGAGCAACACCGCUGGAGUCAAGCCAAGAGAAUGUUUCUGACGUUACCACCCUUCCAUGCGGGAGGACUCGCCGUCAUGCUUUUCAUCGGAGUCCCCGCUGGCAUGACGAUCAUUGUACCCACGUCUGGUGGACUCCCCACCGCCGCAGCCCUGGUCGAAGCCAGAAAGCAAACACCCUUCGAAAUCGCCUUGGUCGUGCCGUCUAUUCUCCAUGAGCUGGCUCAGCAACCCGACCUUUUGGGUUACUGCAGCCAGCAUCUGGAAUAUCUCAUAUACGUAGGCGGCGAUCUACCACAGGAAAUCGGCGAUACAGUGGUAUCCAAACUCAAGUUGGUAAAUCAGUACGCUGCGACUGAAGUCGGGAUGCUCACUUCUAUCCACCCUGUGAGAAGGGACCCUCGCCAAGACUGGCGAUAUACCCAGUUCCACCCGGAACUAGGAGUCGAGAUGCGACCUUUCACGGAAGAUGAGUAUGAGCUGGUCAUAGUGCACACGCCAGAGCGGGAAUCGCAUCAGAUGCCAUCUACCAUAUUUCCCGGUCGGCAAGAAUACUCGACUCGUGAUCUGUGGGUGCGCCACCCCGAUCGAUCAAAGUCGGAUUUGUGGCGAUGGAGCGCGCGUGCGGAUGAUGUGAUCGUUUUCCUAAAUGGGGAGAAAACAAAUCCUGUUUCAAUGGAGCAGCACGUUGUCGUCUCGAACCCUGAAGUCUCAGCUGUAGUAGUCGCGGGCGCUCAACGCUUCCAAGCCUCGCUUAUCAUCGAGUUCGGUGGUGAUGGGGAUAUGGGUCCAAGUGAGCGAGCUGCUGCCAUCGAGAAAAUAUGGCCUAGCAUCGAGGAAGCAAAUCGUGCUUGUCCGGCACAUGCCCGAAUCGCCCGGACGCACAUCUUGUUCACGACACCCGACAAGCCUAUUCCACGCGCAACGAAAGGCACUGUCCAGCGGGCGGGAACUCUGGCUCUCUACGCCCCGGAACUGGAUGCGCUGUAUGCAAACGCUGAUCAGUUGGCGGCAAGAGAGGACAGCGAUAAUAGCGGGCCUGGGCGCGUUAGUGAUCUUCAACAAGUAUCGGACUUCAUUCAACGGUCCCUGGUGGAUGUCACUGGCUGGAGCGAAGAUCAAGUGUCCACUGCAGAGAGUUUUUUCGCCAUCGGAUUGGACAGUCUGCAAACCAUCACCGCUGCUCGCCGUAUCAAGCGUGGUCUUGACCUACCUUCUUUCGCCCCCAAUCUAAUAUACCUCAACCCAUCGGUGUCGGCUCUUGCGCAAGCCACCCUUCGACUCAUCCAAGAUGACGCUGUCACCCAAGAAGCAGGCAGGGAAGCAAUGCUCGCAGAGCGAGACGAUCUCUUGAGGCACUUCACAGAUAUGAUCGACAGUGCUCCGCCGCACACGAUUGCCCAGUCCAACGCGGCCUCUCAGUCUCAAGUUGUCGUGUUGACCGGCUCAACAGGGACAUUAGGCACAUACAUCCUAAACACCCUAUUAAAGGACCCAUCAGUAUCGCACAUCCACUGCCUAAACCGCAAAAAAGACAGCGCAACAAUCCAGCAACAAAAAAACACCUUCUACCACCUUGACUCGACCCUCAAUCCCUCCAAAGUCACCUUCUGGCACGCCGACCUCACCAAACCAGACCUCGGCCUCGCAACAGAAUCCCUCCAAACCCUCCAAAAAACCGCAACCGUGAUAAUCCACAACGCAUGGAACGUAAACUUCAACCUCCCCCUCUCAUCCUUCACCCCCGAUCUGCACGGCAUAACAAACCUCAUGAACAUCACAAUCACCAGUCCCAACAACCCGCACCUCUUCUUCCUCUCCUCCAUCAGCUCAGUGCUAGGCCACACAACACCAUCCCAAACAACACCCGAAAAUCUUAUCACAACAACCCACCCCGCGCCAAAUGGCUACGCAAACAGCAAAUACAUCGCCGAGCACCUACUCUCACACGGGACGCAGACGCGCUCGAUAAACGCGUCGUUCGCGCGUGUCGGCCAGAUAGCCGGUGCGGCGCGUUCGCGCGGUCUCUGGAAUAGGAAUGAGUGGUUCCCGAGCUUGGUGAGGAGUUCUUUGCAAGUGCGCGCGUUGCCGGAGACUCUGGGACCCACUUUGGGACGGGUGGAUUGGGUGCCUGUUGAUUUGCUCGCGGAGGUUUUGGUUGAUCUUGCGCUGGGGGAUUUGGAUGGUGAUGUUCGUGGGGAGAGACAGUCUGUUAGUGUUUUUCAUCCGUUGAAUCUGUAUCCCGAGGCGUGGGGGGUUGUUGCGCCUGUUGUAGCGGAGAUGCUUUCUCUUGUUAGUGGUGAGGAGAUUGGGUUUGUUGAUUUAUCUGCGUGGGUGCAGCGUGUUAGGUUGGAUAUUGAAAUCUCUGAGGGAGAGUUGGAGGGUCUUUUGGAGAGGAAUCCGGCUGCUAAGUUGUUGGGAUUUUUUGAAGGUGUUGUUGCUGAGACUGGUGCUGGGUCGGGUAAUGUCUUGGAUACGCGUAGAACGGCGGAAAUCAGUAAAAAGCUUAGGGAUAUUCAGGGAGUGGGGAGUAUGCCUCAUUGGGUUCAGAAAUGGGUUGGAGAAUGGUUACGUCCGUUAAGUGACUGA